GUCGCUUGUCUUAUAGUUUUGGCGUACAUGCAAUCGCAAGCUGUCGCUCCGUUGACAAAUCUAUGUUCAACCAACCAUCAUCCUCAUCAUCAAUACACGUUAGCCGAGGGUGAGAAACACACCUCAGCUAAUCUACCGCAAGACAAAACCUCAUUCGACGCACCCGACGAUAUUUGCCGCAUGUCGCAAGGUUGUGUCUAGUUUCGACUUUCAUCGAGGACGGCUUCCGUUUGAUAACACAGUGGUCUGAACAGAUUCAUUAUAUUAAGAUCGUGUGGCAUAUACCGAUACUUUUGUCAGCGUUGUUCAUCGUAAUCAACAUAAUCACACAGUUUGCGGGAAGUGGUCUGGUGCUCAGCCGUUUCCGGGUCAACAUUGGCGUCGGAAUUCUCAUGGCCACUGUAUUGCUUCAGACCAUAGGCUACCAUGUUUGGACCCAAGUUUUCUUCAUGCGGAACUUAUCCCUGAUUGGUAGCCUGCUGCUUCUGCUCGCUGAAGCGAAACAAGAAGCAAAAAGCAUCCUGGCUGGUCUUCCCUCAUCAGGCGAGAAUGCUCCGCGCCAGUAUUUGCUACUGGGAGGUCGUGUGCUGAUUAUCCUGAUGUUCGUAACCGUGAUUCACUUCAGGGGGAGUUGGUUUUAUCUUAUACAGUCUGCUGCCAAUCUCAUCCUUAUUGUUCUUGUGGCAAUUGGAUACAAGACCAAGCUGUGCGCCACUGUGUUGGUGAUCUGGCUAACCGGCAUGAAUUUUUACUAUAAUCAGUUUUGGGCCGUGCAUAAUGACAAUCUGCUAUGGGACUUCUUAAAAUAUGACUUCUUCCAAACUUGGUCUGUUAUCGGUGGCCUCGGACUCGUUGUCGCUUACGGCCCCGGAGGGGUGAGCGUGGACGAUUACAAAAAGAAGUGGUAACAUUUGUCCGAAUUCAGAGAAUAUUUUCCUUGUUAAUGGUACAAUCACCUUGUCGUGGUUGAUUGGAGAAUCCGUUGUAAAAUUUGCGACUUCAUCAACCGUUUCCCCCUCCAUCAUGGAUGGAACUUGUUCUGAUUUUCCUCUCAUGAAGUUGCCAGUGUGUCUUAUCGGCUUACAACCUGCAGCGACAUGUUCUCGGUGUUUCGAUUAUUGCUUCUGUUUUCGCUAGACCAUUUUCGUUUGAAGUCCCUGUUUGUAUUAUCAUCGCUUCACUUCCCCUUCUUAUUGUGACUUAUCUUUUUGGGGCAGCCUGUUCACUUGAUGUAAAUCUGUUUUCUUUGACAAUCUCAUUUCGCACACGCAC